AUGGGCGACCCAGUCGUUGGACUUGGUGAUGAUAAAGACAGCGAGGACGACGAUAAUAAUAAUGAAAAUAACCCGUAUGCCCUAUUCCAAGCCUUCCUCAAUUCCGAUACCGCCAAUGGGAUAUAUAAAGGAAUAUGUCUGUUGGAGGUGUCCCGUGUCACGUGCGGCCAGCCAUGGCUCCCUCUGGCCAUGGCCCCACCGCACAGGGACCUCCCUUGCCCUACUUCUAGACCUCCAGACUUGCACAGUCUGACCACACACAAUACAUCACCAUCAUUGAUUCGUUCGUGCAGUAUUCUAUCUAGCUCUAAUACUACCCCUGGUCCUAGCGCUACCACUGGUCCUGCCGCUGCCCCUAGUCCUAGUGCUGCAUUUCCCACCCCCGGUGGCCGGGGUGGUAGUGGCCGAGGUUCUAGUACUGCAUCUAGUUCUAUCUCUAGCUCUGGUGCCGCCUCAGGCUCUAGUGCCGUCUCUAGUACUACCCCUAAUGCCGAAACCCCUAGCUUAAGCGCCCAUAGCGACUAUAUUCGCCUUAUUAAUAAGGACGAAGACGAUCCUAUACGAAAUAUAAAAAGGAUCCGAAGUAUUAAGGUACCUUAA